AUGUCGACAAACGCCCCAGCAGAAGCAAAGAAACGCAAACAAGCCAAAAAGACCGGAGGAGCAGAAGAUGCGAGUAGAUCCAAGAAGCCAAGUACAAGCACAAAAGCCAGCAGUGCGCCCGAGGAAGAGAAGAAGACAGCCAAAAAAACACCAACGCUUGCGAAAAGCAGUAAACCAAUUCCCACGAAGAAAGAUACGCCGGCACAACCUCCCCCGCGCACAAGCAAAAUCCUAGACGCAGUACGCGCAAAGGGCACGACUCUGGGGAAGAUACGCGCCAUAGAAAACAAAUACGACACCAUCGUCACAGCAAGUCUUCAAACAGAUUCCGAAAUCAAACACGUCGCAAUACAAGCUCCACAACGAAACGACCCAGAAGACGCAGCAGCUCUACUUUCAAAACAUGGACAGACUGCACAAGGCACUACUACGACAACGCCGCCGCAAGCUACCACAACCGCACAGGCAAGCCGGGGCACGACGAUAGAAUUACCACGCACACCUAAACCCGCGCCAUCACCUGUUACUAUAACCACCCCGCCUUCCUACCCUUCCCACACGCUUCCUCUUAAACCACCACCAGCACACCCAGCCAACCGCCCCCACACACAUCACCACCCUCUCCCUGGCAAACCGGCAGCACGGAUAAUAGAACCAACACCCAACACGGCUCUCCCGCCAAAAUACCGGCCUGCCGCUCGUCGUGUUACGGCGAUUAUCGUGGGACUGCCGUUUGUCAUUGUUAUGGGGUGGGAGUUGUGGGAGCGGUGGAAUGGGAAGGUUGUGCCGAAGAGGUUUGGGGAUGGGGAUGGGGGGGCUGUGAGAGGUAAGGAGGGGGUGUAG